AUGUACGAGCGCCAAGCAGACAUUCAUCAAGAACGGAUCGCAUACCUCGAGACAGUCCGACAGCAGGGUGGAAAAGUUAUGCUGGUGCCAGCACGAACUACUCCCGACGCUUCCGCUCCCUGCGGCGCUCUAUCGGCCAAUGGCCCACUCUCAUCCCUCUCGAGCCAAGUGGAAGAGUACAUAAUUGUCAACGAUACCGACCUCGUGGACGAUGGCGUUCGAUCAUGUUGGUUCUUCUUGAAGAAAUUUGCGCCUUCGCCAAAUGAUUCGACGGAGCUCACACAUUACGUCGUACAAUGUAUCUACGACAACAACAAACCCAUCGUUGAAACUAUGUUUCGUCGACCAGAUGAAGUCUUCCCUCCGGGCGGCCAUUUACACACUGCACUCCUGCUGCAAGGCGACAAGCAGAAUUUCAAAUUUUGUAUGCGGAGACGAGGCGAAGGGAGCAUUUUCCAGGAGCCGGAGGAUGGGACGUGGGAAAUACCGACUAAAGAUUCCAAGAAAAAAGAGUGGUCUCCCAGGACUUUUGAGUUUGAAGGAAGAUACUUUGUCUGGGAGAAUGAGGAUGGCAAGGACACUGGGCUAUUGAGUAAGAAGUGGGGUUUUGAGACACUUUAUGAGACGAUGCAGUCCGCAGAUGAGGAUGGAGAGAUUGUGGGGGAGAAAUUGGCUUGGGGCAAGAUAGGUGGGAGAGGAAAAGGGAUAUGGACGAUCUGGGUCAAGGAGGGAUUGGCGCUGAAGCUGAAAGAACAGAUCUUGGCUACUCAGGUCAGUAGGCUGAUGAGGUGGAGUAUGCCACCGAAGAAGGAUCUGGCGGGUGUGGAGAAGGGAGCGAUUGCUUUGACAGCGGCGACCGGGUUGGUUGCUUUGGGGAGUUUGUUGGGCUGAGGACAUUAGAAAGUGAGUGUUGUAGCUGACUGAUCAAGCAUGC